AAACACAUGGACAGCAUGGAAUCUGACAAUGAUGAGCUAGCAUUCGAUUCAGGGGACGAUGAGGGCUUCGAGCUAGGGCCACGUUUGGUUGCCCCCACGGCCAAGUUGUACACGACCCAACAACUCCAUGGUCUCAUUCAUGAAGGUAUCAUUGACCUCAACCCGACAUAUCAAAGAGACGUGGUAUGGCCUGAGCAAAAGCAAAUAAAGGUGCUCGACUCGAUAUGGCGCAACUACUACGUCCCUCCCGUCGUGUUUGCGGUGUACUAUAACGAAGAUGGGCUGGAAGUGCGCCAUUGCGUGGACGGAAAGCAACGGCUCACUUCGAUCCAAAAGUUUUUCGACGGCCAGAUACCAUAUAAGCACUGGCAAACGGGGAAGAGCUGGUGGUACACGCGCGCGAGCUCUCAAAGGAACAACCGUCAGGAGGUUCCCGCAAAGUGGAAGCACGACUUUGCUACGAAGACCAUCACAUGCGUCGAGUACACGAAUCUCUCCCACACGCUCGAGCGCGACAUAUUCCAACGGGUGCAGCUCGGCAUGCCCCUCACCGCUGCGGAGAAGCUACAAGCGAUCAGCUCUCCAAAGCAGGAGCUGAUCUCGGAGCUCGAGGGCAGAUUCAUUGCACCCGACGACGGCCUCACACAGCUCAUCGACGUGGACGUCGGGCGCGGGCGCGACUUCCAGCUCAUAGCGCAGCUCGUAUACUGCUGCCAGCAAUACCCCGAGCGCGCACAGCCGAGCGCGAAAAAUCUUGAGCGGUGGCUCAUGGACCCGGCGAAGCCGUCGACGGAGUUCAUCAAUACCAUGAACUCCGUGCUCCGGAGGUUCUGGUUCAUCGCGAAGACGAAAGAACUCAACUACGGGUUCAAGUCGAUUAGCAAGCGAGUCUCUCCAGCCGAGUUCGUCUUCACAGGCGUUCUGCUGUAUGUGCUGCGCGCGCUCACCCAAGAGGAACAGGCGGAGGCGAUCAACAAUAUGCGCAACCACAUCCGCGCGAAGUACCAGGACAUCCGCAUGCGGAACGACAUCAUCCGGGACCUCUGGAUAUUCAUCGACAAGGUCCUCGACCAGCAGGACGACCCGCCACCGCCGAAGAGGGCAACCGGCAGCAAGAAGGGCAAGAAGGUGCGCGCGCGAGACGAGGACAUGGACACGGAAGACGAAGAAUACAAGCCGAAGAAGCAGGCCAAGCGGAAGUGACCGUGUUUGCCCUCUCGCGUUGGAUUCUUGGUUUAGUGUAUGUUUCUGCGCGCACUUUUCUGUUUCAACUCUCUGGUCCGUGUCCUCGUCCAUCGGCGUCCGGCGUCCCGUUUCCCAUUUGCAUAUAUUCUGUUGUAAC